AUGAAUACAGUCAUUUGGUAUUUAGUCGCUCUUGGCGCAUUCAUUAUGGUAGUCCUCCUCGUUGCUGGUCUCGCCAAAUUCGCACCUCGAAACAUCACUAUCAUUGGCACGAAAUUCUUUCGUCAUACUCUAUGCUAUCUGGCGCUGUAUUUUUUUGUGGUAUUCGUUAUAGUCAACCUCCUGUAUCUGGCUUUCGGUAUCGGCGAUAAGGCUAGCUUUGGCCAACGUUGUGCGCGUGCUGCCAUUUUCAAUUUCAUACCUUUAUCAGCUGGUGGUGAUAUGAACCCACUAGCAAAUACCUUACACCUUCGACUUGACACAUACGCAAGAGCACAUAGAUGGAUAGGUAGAGUUGCAAUAUUUGAAGGAUUUACUCACGUCGUCGUCGCCUCAAUCCAGCAUCAGCCAGAUAUGCACGUUCUGUCCAAUGUUGCCGGACUUGUAGUAAGUGUCUUUCCGAUUGAGAUGAAUGCUGCUCAGUUUGUCCAGGCGGUAACGAUACUUACAUUAAUGCUGUGCUCUCUACUAUUGCGCCGAAAAGCUUUCGAGAUUUUUCUCACUUCACAUUGGUUGCUGGCUGUCAUUCUGAUCAUCGCCAACCUAAUUCAUAUCCAUGUCUCAACGCAAACGAUACUUCUUGUUCCUAAUAUAUUCCUUCUUAUGGCAAUCUGCAUUCACUCCCUUAUUGCCUUAUUACGACUUUGCUUCAUAAUCUUCCGUAACCUGAGUGCCGGUAGUUGGCGAAACGAAGCAUCCGUUGAUACAUGUGUAUUCGCGCACAACGUGGGAAAUGAUGUUGCCAAUAUCGUAUGUGCAGAUGCAGCACAUGUUCUGAUUCGCUUGGUACGUCCGUGGGAUUAUAAACCUGGCCAAUACGUGUACCUUCGCGUGGGCACACAAUCCCACCCGUUCUACUUUUUUAAGUGUGAUACUAAAGAAGACGAAAACUUCAUCAUCCUGCUUAUUCAAAGAAGAAAUGGCUUCACUAAGCAUAUCUUAGGUGCAGAUAAAUACCUCGAGAACAUAAAUGAGAAGUCAACCAAAGGGCAAGCUAUUCAAAAAGUCAUCAUAGAAGGCCCGUACGGGCACGGUGCUAAACUUGAUGAAUAUGACAAAGUUUUAUUUUUUGCUACCGGAGUCGGAAUAUCAGGUGAGCUGGCCUAUAUUGAAGGAUUACUGCCAGAGGUAUCUGUGGGAAAGGUGACGCAGGUAGUUGUGUUCUGGGAGAUCGAGACCGAAAUACAAUCUAGCUGGACCGCAAAUCAUAUGAAUAAACUAAUAAAAAAAGACAAGUUUCAAGUGCUUAAACUUUAUCUUUUCAUAAUCAAGCCAAUCAACCCCGAAAAGAAAGGGAAAUCCGAAAUAAAAGGGCGAAGCGGCCUGCACAAUGUCUUCUUCACUCGUAUGGAUAUCGAUCAUUGUCUGAUGGAGAUUGGGGAGAAUAAUCAGGUCGCACUCUUCUUGGCAACAGACCAGUCGAUGAAUCGCAAGAUUCGAAAGAAAGCCUCUAAGCUAGGCUUUAGGAGUUCUGACAUAUAUGAACUUGAAUUUUAUCCCUCGGUCAACAAAUUGAAGAACAGGAGUCACGAAGGCUACGGUCAUAAAUGUUUGUAG